GGGGGUGGUUGUAUGUACUCUAUUUGAGCCUCCCGUCAUAAGUACUAGUAGGGGUGUCUUUCUUUCCUUUUGCUUGACUUCGACCUCGUUCGUCCUCCCCUCGCUGUUGUUCCCCUGACGCCGACGACACCUAUUCGGAUACGAACGCCCCUGACCAUCGGGCCAAAGCAGCAGCCCCUCGCAAUGGCGCGCCGUCCGCAGUGGCUGACCAAAACCUUCCUUGCCUCCCUCUUCCUCGGCAUCGGAGGGUUCCUCUAUGGCUUCGACUCGGGCAUCAUAACCCCCAGCCUCGCGCUAGGCUCGUUCAACGCCUACUUCAACCGGCCCAACGCGGCCCUCCGCGGCGCCAUCGUGUCCAUCUACCAGGCCGGCGCCUGGCUGGGCAGCGCCAGCGUCGGCGUGACCAGCGACCGGCUCGGGCGGCGCAAGGCCAUCGCCUUCGGAUGCGCCUGGGGCGUGCUGGGCGGCGCGCUGAUGGCCGGCGCCGCGCACGUCGCCAUGCUGAUCCUGGGCCGGCUGUUUGUCGGGUAUGCCGUCGGCACCAUCACGGGCGUUGCGCCGGUGUUUGGGGCCGAGAUUGCCAAGACGAAUGAACGGGCGAGGAUCACGGCAGUGAAUCAGAUGAUGGUCGCCUGGGGAUUCUUCAUCGCGCUAUGGACGGGCGUGGGCGAAGGGAAAUGGCACAACGCCAACCAGUGGCGUCUCGGGUUUGCCAUCCAGGCCAUCCCCGCGCUGUUGCUCGGCGGCGGCGUGCUCUUCAUCGGCGAGUCGCCGCGGUGGCUGUGUCUCAAGGGCCGGUACGAGGAAGCCGAGACGGCAUUCCGCAACUGGCACUUCGACGGGUCCAACGACGCGUGGUGCCGGACCGAGUUCGCCAUGAUCCAGACGACCAUCGCCGAGGAGGUGCAGGCGCAGCACCGGCUCGGCUGGCGCGACCUCGUGCGCACGCCGCCCUUCCGCAAGCGGCUCUUCGUCGGGUCGUUCGUGUGGGCGGCGGCCAUGCUCUCGGGCAUCAGCUUCGUGCAGUACUUCCAGACGGCCAUCUACGCGACCCUGCAGUUCGACCAGGACCAGCAGCUGCUCGUCAGCGGCCUGUACGGCUGCGUCGCCCCCAUCGCCUGCAUCCUCUCGCUCUUCUUCGUCGACCGCAUCGGCCGCAAGAAGAUCCUGAUCACCAGCUCCGGCCUGCUGUCGGUCUCGUACAUGGUCAUCACCAUCCUUGCCGCGCUGUAUCCCGCACGGCCCGGCCAGCCGACAAAUGCCGCUGCUCAGAAGGCCCUGAUUGCCUGCAUCUUCUUAGUGUCGGCCAACUACUCGGCCCUGCUGGGCCCGAUGACUUGGAUCAUUCCCCCCGAGGUCUUCACGACCGAGCUGCGCGCCAAAGCGAACGCCGUCGUCCAGGUCAUCCACUACUCCAUCAGCUUGGUCAUCACGCAGUGCUCGCCGAUUGCGCUGGAGAAGGUUGGCUGGAAAUACUAUAUCCUCUUCAUCCUCACCAACGCCCUCUGCACGCUUGUCUUUGCGUUCGCCUACCCGGAAACAAGAGGCAAAUCGCUCGAGCAGAUCGACGAAAUCUUUGGCGACAUCCAGAAGAAGCAUGACGUCGAGUUCUUGCCAGGGAAACAGGUCGAGGAGAAGGGAGAGAGCGAGAUCGUGGAGGCGGCGAGGUGAUGCCCGCUGGACUAGUAGUCCGUAGACACAUGGAGAAGGUAACAUAGGU